CCGCCAUCGAGCCUGUCCCUCACAAGCGGCUCCUUGGAUUUUUGAGACCCACUUAAUCGUUGUUCAGCCUCCAAAAGUUUGGCGCGCUUGUCACGCAUCGCCAGUCGCCUCCAGCAGGCUGCUAGCUCAUCGAAUUCUCCCACGCGCACCCGGCCCCGUAGCAUCGUCGGUGUUUUCAUCUGCAUUUCAACGCCGUGCGCUCAUAGGCCAGGCCAGCUCUUGUUCUGUGGCUGUCAAAGCAUGCGCCCCCGCCAAGACCCGAGACGAUUCAUAAUACUAGGACUGCUCUGCUACGUCGUAACACAAGCCACACCACAAGCCUUCAGCUCGAAGGCGCGUUUCGAUUCAGGAUGGCGGCCCCAAAAAUGACCAAGAACCAGAUGCGGAGGGCGAAGAAGAAGGAGCAGAAGAAGGCACAGGCAGAGACCGCGUCGAAAACACCCGAACCCAAAGACGAGAAGAAGCCAGAUGAGGCCGAGACACAGGAGAAGACCGGUGACGAACUCGAAGUUAAGAAUGAUGACGCCACCAACGUUAAAAUCGAAGUUGAUGGUCCUGCCGACGACUUCGACCUCGAUGACGAGAGGUUUGCCGCUUUCAAAGACAUUUUCUCAAAAUUCGGUGUCUCAUUAGACGAGGACGAAAUCGCAAAAGAAGCCAACGCCGGCAACCAGGGCGAGGUGUUGUGGGACGACGACGACAUUCCCAGUGAGGAUGAGGAGGCUUCGGGACAGACUAAGCUUUCCAAGAAGAAGCGGAAGCAGCUCAACAAACUCUCGAUCGCAGAGCUCAAGGCACUGGUCAAGAUUCCCGAUGUGGUGGAAUGGCAGGACACGUCGUCUUCGGACCCGCGACUUCUCGUGCAGAUCAAGGCGCAAAGAAACGUGGUUCCUGUUCCCGGCCACUGGCAGCUGAAGAGAGAGUACCUGUCCUCGAAGCGAGGUAUCGAGAAGCCACCCUUCCGGUUACCAAAGUUCAUCGCCGAGACGGGCAUCACAGAAAUGCGUGACGCUGUUUUAGAGAAGCAGGAGCAGCAGUCGCUCAAGCAAAAACAGCGAGAGCGCGUUGCGCCCAAGAUGGGCAAGCUGGACAUUGACUACCAGAAGCUCUACGAUGCCUUCUUCCGUUUCCAGACCAAGCCUGAGCUGACACGGUUCGGCGAGGUCUACUACGAGGGCAAGGAAAGCGAGGUUGAUUUCCAACACUUUAGGCCAGGUGAACUGACCGAAGCCACAAAAGAGGCCCUGGGCAUGCCGCCUGGUGCCCCUCCACCCUGGCUCAUCAAUCAGCAGCGCUUCGGCCCCCCUCCCUCAUAUCCCUCUCUCAAGAUUCCGGGACUCAAUGCGCCGCCGCCGCCAGGCGGCUCUUGGGGGUUUCAUCCCGGUGGCUGGGGUAAGCCUCCCGUGGAUGAGUUCAAUCGUCCCCUAUACGGCGGUGACGUCUUCGGUCUCACCAACCAGGCCGGCGCGCAGGUGGCGCCGCCGGCUGUCCAGCCCCUGGGUACUGGUGAGCCCGUCGAGAAGACGCUUUGGGGUGAGCUUCAACCCCGCGACGAGGAGUCCGAAGAGGAAGAUUCAGAAGAAGAGUCAGAAGACGAGGAGGGAGAGGACGAGGACGUCGCUGCCGGCCGCGCGUCGCCGAGCGGUAUCGAGACCUCGGGCGGCAUGGUAUCCUCCGUGCCGACGGACUACCCGGGCCACGGCGUUGAGACCUCAGUUGCGGGCGAGAUGGACCUGCGGAAGCAGAGACGCGGUUUCGACACGGAGGAGAGCUCUCACCCCCGCUCCGCAUAUCAGGUCAUCCCCGAGCGCCAACAGCGCACCGAGGGCUUCUUCGGCAGCGACAGGGUCUACGACCUCAACCAGCAAAAGGCUGCCGGUAACGUUCCGGUGCUUGGCCAGGAGGAUGACACCCGCAAGCGCAAGAAGCCCGGUGACGUCGACGUCGCGCUCGACCCCGACGCGCUGCAGAACAGCGACGGUAUCAGCAAGGAAGAGUUGCGGCGCCGGUUUGAGGAGGGCAAGCGCGAGGAGGGUAUCGGCGCCAAGUGGGCGUACGAGGAGGAUCUGUCCGAGAUGAUUGCGCAGGAGUCGAGGAAGAGGCAAAAGGUCGACGAGAAGCGCAACGAGGAGAAGAAGAAGCAGAGCAAGUACAGGUUCUAAAGGCUUCGGAAGAAGACCGUGUUUUGUUCCUUCUCCUCCCCCCCGGCAGUCUUGGGCUAUUGGUUGUCGUUGUAUACUUUUUGUGUCUCCCAUGGAGACUGGCGAGUUGCGCUCCAGUCGAACGUGUUAUUUUUCAUGUGCAAUAGGGCAAGCGGCGCUAGGCUGGCAUACAGGGGUUGCAAACUCAUAUUUUCAAUUUGAAGAUUGUAUCGAGUCUCGCAAAUGAUAUCUCGAUGAGUGGAGGGCGUUGGAGGGCAACCAAGUCUGCUGUUGUCGACACUGGCCUACAUCCUCUCAACACUUUCUGCAGUUUAUUCCGCCCGCCCUCGAACACCUCGGCGCGUCCACUUGUCGAGUAGUUGGGUGCCGUUUGCAAGCAAAGCCAGU